UUUGGAAGCGCCCGGUUGCACCGGGGGCGCCCCAAUUCGGGAGAUGCUCAGAAAGCGGCGAGUCUUCUCGGUGGAGCCUCUCUGGAAGCGAGGUAGUGCCUGGAAACCAUCCGAGAGCUGCGUGGUGUUAACCUCGGUCAGCAUGUACCGGAAGCUGCAGGACCCUCAACCUGAGUUCCCGCUCAGCCUAGAGCUGGAUGGCAAGACAAGUGGCAAGGCUGAUAGAUGGGGUGAGGCCGGGUCCCCGACGGAGCCCGUUUCCGACCAGUUGGGCUUCUUGCCUAUGAGCGGGCGGCUCCUCAAAUCCGAAUCGGAGGACUCUGGUGUGGAGAUGGCCAGCAAUGAUCUCUCUCCUUCUACCCCGGUGGGCUCCGAGCAAAGCUUCUCCUUGGAUUGUCUGGAUGGAUUCCAGCCUUCGGGAGGAGAUUCUCCUCCUCUGUCCCCUCACGAGAGCAGCCCCAAAGAAGAAAGGCUGGAGGAACACAGUCCCGGUCAGGAUCGUGCCUACCGCCGGAAUCUCUCCGUCAGCAAGAAAUUAGCCCAGGUGGUCCAACGGUCGCAGAAGCACCGUCUGCUUGGCCGUUCCUCCCGACCGCUAAGCCAAAGGCCCCGUAGCCUGGUCAACCCGGAGGGGCUGAAGUCCUAUCGCUUGCACCGGCCAGCAAGUGUCGAUGGGAUUGUGGAUGCAGCUUCUGGGGAGUUUAGCCAAGCGCUUUCUGGCUACAGCACUCCAGAGGAACACAGCAUAGAAGAAGAGGUACAGGAUGAGCCGUCGCUUACCAUGCCUGGACAGGGCCUGCGGUACUUGGAGCACAUCUGUCAGAUGUUGGAGAAGAUUGCCCACCUGCAGCAGGCUAACCUGCGACUCCAGCAUCAGCAACAGGUCAUGGAGUGCCGAAUCCGGGCCCAGGAGUUGGAGAAUGAGGGCUUUGCUGAAGACCCUUCGGAAGGCCCUGGGCUGACAAAAGAAGGACCCCAGCCUGAGGCCCCAGCAGCCAUGGAAAUGGAGGAGGAGGAAGAUGAGGGUCCCAAUUCACUGGGCUCCUGGCGCCCUCACCACUUCCGGGCACGCUCUGCCUCGGACACACGAGUGCUGAGGAAUCUAGCCCAUAACCUGGGGAAUAAGGCGGAACUCACUCGGAAAGCAGCCGCUCACUCUGCUAGCUCGCCUAGCCUGAUGGAUCAGCAGGAUGGGGGCUCUCACACCUUGCCACCGGGCAUGAAGCUCAAGAAUGACCACUCGCACUGGGGAAAAGUCAAAGUGCUGAUCAACAGGAUUACAAGGAAGUCUGUAUGGGCCGGUGAACCGACCCCAUCUGGCGAGCCAGUCCCCAGCAGCAAACAGUGUAGAACAGACGCUGUCUUGGGCACACCAGAAUCCCAUCCCAGGCGGCGUUUCCUGCCCACUCUGGGGGCCAAGAAACGCCGAUCGAAACACCUUUCCAUGCGGUGAGCUGCAGCUUCCCUUGGAGACUCAUGACUGAUGUGUGGGCCUUGAGUCAGCCCCGCCGUGCGCACAGACUGUCCAUCCUUCCUUUGUGUACCAGUUGGAAUCCAGCACGCUCCACUCGCUUUGGUGGGAGGAAGUUGAGUACCUUCUGGCGUAAGAGAAAAGAGGUGAAGAGGCUUUUCAGAUAAGAAUGGAGACAAAGAAACCUCACUUUCUUCGUGAUAGGGAAGACGACCUGGAGCCCUUUUCCCUAGCAAAAGAGGGGAAAUGUCUAGAUGAUUCUAGUUGGCUCUCUUUGGCCCCGUGGAGACGAAACGUGGGCUCCCUGCAAACCAUGGCUUGCAGCUCGAGAAACCAGCCUUGUGAAGCAUGUGUUUCCUUCUCUGGAGCAGUGUCCACCUUCCUUCCUCCUCCCUCCCUCCCUCGUGUUAAUCAUGGUUUCACUUUACAUAUGCACUAAUGCUUUAAUACAAGCCAUGGUUCAAAGUGGGUUGGCAAGCCAUGGCUAGGAGAGGACCUGGCUUGCAAGUGACCCUGGUUUGCAUCACUGCACUUCAUAGGUGGAGCUGGGUCCUGGUUUGCAAACCAUCAUUUGCAGGGAGUCAGUGGGUCACUUUGGCACAGAGCCUUGGGUAAUCCUCACCAACCUCACUUUAUAAUGCACAGUGUUUUGGGCUCACCUCCCCAAGGCUGAUCCUCUGGAGAAAACUGGUUUUAGGCCUCUCCUAUACACACCAAUCCCCAAAGGAUAAUUCACUUGGUGUGUGUCUUUGUGACAAAGUUAGAUCUUUCCUUAUCAUGGCUCCACUCUCCAGAGAUUUGAAGGUAUCCUCUCAUCAGCUGGUUAGGACUAUGGGCAUAAAAUGCCUCUGUGAUCCGUUAGUAGGUGCGGAAGAUGCCACAGAAGAGAGCACUCCUGCCUCCCAAUCUUGUGUUGCCUCAUUUCCAUCAGGAAAUCCCUGCGUUGCAGAAUGUGAAAUAACUUAAUGGUUCUCCUUGCCUUUAUAUUUUUCUAUUAAACAAAUGAUUGACACUCCCCUGAUUCCCCCCGCCCCCCUCGGUGCAUGCAGCUAUAUAACUUCACAGACAGAGUGAACCUUGUAAAUUUAUAUGACCUAAUGGUCACACUUGGAUGAAAGCUGAUAUAUAUUUGCAAGCUGUCUGAAAGAGGAAAAUAAAAC